AUGCGGGACCCCCCGCAGGGGCUGGACUUCGCGCUGGGCGGCGCGGCGGCGGCGGGGGCCUGUGUGCUGAGCCACCCGCUGGAGGUGGUGAAGACGCGGAUGCAGCUGCAGGGCGAGCUCCGGGCCCCGGGCACCUACCGGCGCCACUACCGGAACGCCUUCCACGCGCUGCUGGUGAUCGGGCGGCAGGACGGGCUGGUCGGGCUGCAGCGGGGCCUGGGGGCCGGGCUGCUGUACCAGGGCCUCAUGAACGGCGUCCGCCUCGGCUUCUACUCGCAGCUCGAGUCGCUGGGCCUGACCCGGGACCGGGACCGGGGCGGGAGGGUCUGCGCCGCCCGCAGCGUGGCGGCCGGAGCCGUGGCCGGAGCCCUGGGGGCCGUGGUGGGCAGCCCCGCCUAUCUGGUAAAGACUCGUCUCCAGGUACAGUCGGCAGCAGCCAUCGCUGUGGGAUACCAGCACAAUCACCAGGGAGUGCUGAUGGCCUUCGUGACUAUCUACCGGCAGCACGGGGUGCUGGGGCUGUGGAGGGGGGUCAAUGGGGCCAUCCCCAGGACCAUGGUGGGGUCCUCCGCACAGCUUGCCACCUUCACCUCCGCCAAGGAGCUGGUCAACGACCAACAGUGGUUCAGCAGAGACAGCUGGCUGGUCAGUCUCGCCAGCAGCAUGAUCAGCAGUGUGGCCGUCGUCAUCGCCAUGACGCCCUUCGACGUGAUCAGCACCAGACUCUACAACCAGCCCGUGGAUGAACGUGACAAGGGAAAACUUUACAAAGGAUUUUGGGAUUGCUUCAUAAAGAUCUCUCGGACGGAGGGACUCUGGGGUCUGUACAAGGGGAUUGGCCCUUCCUACUUCCGCCUGGGCCCACAUACAGUCUUCAGCUUGCUGUUCUGGGACGAACUCAGGAAAUUGGCUCAAUCAGACUACUGGGGGAAAACAUAACCGAGCCCUCAACAGUGCCUCUGGCCUUUGAAAUCCCAGCACCAACUCGUGCUACGAUCAGAGACUUGAUAGUCAACCAGAUAUUGUGGGGACACCUCCUUAACUCGUGCCAUACGGACAAGAAAGACCUGAGUGUUCACUGGUGACCGUGGAUUAACAUUACACUGACUGUAGGGUUUAGCUGCCGCGGUGCAAGCGAGAAACCUCAUCCCCCCCCCCCCAACGUUAGUGGCUUGCCUCCCAUCUCAACUGCCUCACUCAGUGCCUACUAAAGGGUAUGAUAUUCAGCUCAAGUUUGCACAGUAACACAGGAGCUAAAGAAACACCACCACCGAGUUUAUUGGACGUGAAUUAACACAGGAUUUCUCCCCCACUCCCCACACCCUCCAUAUCAAGUGGAAACAAACCCCUACGUUGAUAUUGGUGCAGACUAGUUGGGCUGAAUGGUCUGUUUCCGUGCUGUACGAUUUAAUGUAAAGGAGCGUCCAACCUCUCGUUGUACAGACUGAACCGAUGUUUCAGAUCCUCGAGACUGAAAUGAGAACAGGCACUCACUAACUCUGCCAUUCACAAGCAGCUCUGUCCAUUUGUAAAGUCCUUCAAGCUUUGCGAUGAGUGUACACUCUGGCUUUUUCAACGUUUCAAGGCACUGUUAGAGAACAACGCACUUUAAAGAGUAGAGUAAAGGGCAGCAGAGAGCCAGUACUAAGAAGGAGAUGCACCACACUGUAUGAGAGCUUGUGAAGAGGGACUCGAUCAGUCCCGCAUUCCUGAAAGUCGUGAGUUUAUUUUUCCAACUUCAAUUUGCUCCUUUCCUAGAGUCAUUGGCAUCAGUUUCCUCCUUCCUCAGGUUCUUCCUGUGCAUAGGACGUAACACACAGGAAGUAACAUCAGUGGGGAUCUGACUGACUGGAAAUCAGCCAUUUGGUGCUGGAAGCUGGGUCCACGGGAGACCUAAAGAGCGAUGUAGAUCGUGACAUUUCCCUUUUGGGUGUAAAACACGCUCACUCUCAUUGACCAUACUUAGGAACCUGUCAGUGAAGAAAUCAGGGGAAGACUUGAAUUGUCUCUUAUAGGGGCGAUUAGAAGAGGGUUUUUAUAAGAGAACAUUUUGGCACAAGACUGAGAUCUGAACAAUGCUGAAAGGGGAAUUGAAUAAAUGUUCUAAGUGGGAGCUGGCGUCAGGUUAGGCUCGACACGCUGAUUGAUGCCUGUUAUACUGGAAAUUGCUCUAAACCUAACGAGGAACCCAUAGAAUUUCUCCUGUUCUCUCAGUAUCUUUCUAAAUGUGCCUUUCACUCUGGUGCCUUAUCAAAUUGUAGUGAGAUGCUUGGAACCUUUAUUUCCGUCUGCAGGGAGGAGCAGCUGAUUACUUUCCUGCGUCUUAGGACUGAUGUUAUUGCACUACGGACAGUCUGGAACUGCCCGGCACAGUUAGCUGCCUUUGUUAUCACACUGUGCCUUCGAUUGCAUCUCUGUAUUACUAAUCUGAAAGAAAAAUAAAACUCAAAACAAAACAAAAAAAA